ACACUUCCACCCACUCUCUAUUAACAAUGGCGUCUUUUUGAAGGGUUAUGCAUGACGGAGUAACUAUUGGACAAUAUGAUCUCGGCUUUUAAGUGGAUCCCCUCCAUUACUCGAAGUGUAGUAACAAUAGCUGUUAGAAGAUACACUAGAACUCAAUUAUUUGAAUAUAAAAGAUGUAGCAGUUAUACUUUAUCAUCCUCCUCCAACCUCUUUUCUUACUCUCGUCACCUCUCGACUCUCAGGGACUCUGCUAAGAAACCCAAAGCAGUUAUAUUUGACAUAGGAGGUGUCGUUAUCCCCUCCCCUUUUCCUCUCAUUGAGCGAUUUGAGAGGAACCACCGGCUACCGAUAGGAUCCAUAAAUGCAACAAUUAAACAUUACGGACACGAUGGGGCAUUCAAAAAAUUGGAGAGAGGGGAGAUCACACUUGAGGGAUUCUGUGUACCCUUUUCUACCGAGUACUCCGAAUUUAAUAGUAUUAUGUUAUCCCCGGAAAAGGUAUGGGGGCUGGCACGGGGUCUAGGUGGGCUUGACGUUACCUUGAAACCUUUUAAAGAAGUCGUUGGCUUGAUGAGUCAGUUGAAGAAGGCCGGGAUCAAGGUGGCCAUUAUAACUAAUAAUUUCAAAUUUGACGACGGGAAAACUGUCCUACCGACUGAGAAAUUAGAAGACGUUGAUGUUUUUAUUCAGUCUUGCAUUGAAGGGAUAAGUAAACCAGAUCCCCUUAUAUAUGAGAGGGCAUUAGAGAUGUUAGGGACGAAGGGAGAGGAGACUGUCUUUCUUGAUGACAUAGGUAGCAAUCUCAAAGCAGCUGCUAAUUUAGGUAUCACGACCAUCAAGGUUGACGAUGUUGGUAAAGCUAUUAGAGAAGUAGAGGACAUUGUGUUUGAUACCAGUGCACCUAAAGGUACUUCAGUUCCAAGUCCUAAGCUUCAGUUACCGAUUGAGUCCCUCACUCGUUACCUUCAAGAAACUCACGGUCUUUCCCAGGAAGGUCCUCCAUUGAUAAGGUCGUUUGAUCACGGGCAGUCUAAUCCGACGUAUUACAUUGAGUGUGGUGGAUCAAAACUUGUACUAAGGAAAAAACCACCUGGAAAGUUGCUACCUUCAGCACAUGCAGUGGAAAGAGAAUACAGGGUUAUGAAAGCUGUGAAAGAUUACAACGUCCCAGUACCAAAUUUGCUGUCAUUAUGUGAAGAUGAAAGUAUUGUCGGGACUCCAUUUUAUCUAAUGGAAUACGUUGAGGGUAGGAUAUUCAAAGAUGCUUCGCUGCCUUCUUUAAAACCUGACGAAAGAAACGGGAUUUAUUCAAGAAUGUGCGAGGCAUUGGCUUCAAUACAUAACGUCAGCAUAGAAAAGGCUAACCUUUACGACUAUGGAAAACAAGGUAAUUACGUGCGUAGACAAAUCGAUCGCUGGUCAAAACAAUAUCGCUCAAGCAUGACCCACGAGAUACCAGCAAUGGAAGAGCUGUUGCCGUGGUUACAGUCUAACACCCCCGAGAGUGACACAACCACAAUUGUUCACGGAGACUUUCGGUUGGAUAACUUGAUAUUUUCGGCAGAUUCUAGUUCAGUUCUCGGAGUGUUGGAUUGGGAGUUGUCUACAUUAGGAGAUCCUUUAUCUGAUUUAGCUAAUGCUUGCUUGGCUUAUCACAGGCCACAUGAUAAUCCUCUUUUUGUUGGAUUAUCUGGUCUUAAUCUUUCAUCGCUGGGUAUUCCGAGUGAGGAAGAGUUUUUAGCUCAAUAUUGUGAACUGAGAGGAAUGUCUUCGAUACCAAACUGGUCCUUUUAUAUGGCAUUCACUUUCUUUCGGGUGGCGGCCAUUUUACAAGGAGUUUACAAGAGAUCAUUAACUAAUCAGUCAAGUGCUGCCAAUUCUAAACAAGUUGGUCUAAUGGCCGAGAGUUUUGCUGAACAAGGAUGGUCCAUAGCUUGUGGGGGUAGGGGAUCUGGUACAAGCCACUCCCCUUUUAGUGGGCGUCGGUCUUUUUCAACACACUCCUCUUCAGCAGCUACGACAGAUCUACUGGUGAGUAAUGUGUCUGGUUUUCCGUCUCAUCUCCAAACGCUAAGAGAGAAACUUUUAGAUUUUAUGGAGACUGAAUUUUAUCCUAACGAGAGGGUUCUUCAAGAGCACCAGAGUUCUGCCAGCAGGUGGAAACCACAUCCUCUAAUUGACAAACUCAAAGAUAAAGCAAGGCGUAUUGGUCUGUGGAAUUUGUUUUUGCCAAUUGAGACUGAUCCCAACUGCUUGUAUGGGAGAGGACUGACUAACCUUGAAUAUGCUCACCUAGCAGAAAUAAUGGGACAAUCUAUAUUUGCCUCUGAAGUUUUCAACUGCAGUCCACCCGAUACCGGCAAUAUGGAAGUACUGGUACGGUAUGGAACAGAAGAGCAAAAAUCUCACUGGUUGCUUCCAUUACUAAAUGGAGACAUUAGAUCUUGUUUUGCAAUGACCGAACCAAAUGUGGCUUCAUCUGAUGCCACUAAUAUCCAGUCGUCCAUUGUCUGUGACGGUGAUCAUUAUGUUUUAAACGGACACAAGUGGUGGAUAUCUGGAGCAAUGGACCCUCGCUGUGCCAUUUGUAUAUUCAUGGGCAAGACGGAUCCACAGGGACUGAAACACAAGCAACAGUCGAUGGUUUUGGUUCCCAUGGAUACUCCAGGUGUACAUGUGUUGCGUCCGCUUACCGUAUUUGGAUAUGAUGACGCUCCUUCUGGUCAUGCUGAGAUCAUUUUUGAAAAUGUUCGAGUUCCGAGAGAAAAUUUGCUCCUUGGAGAAGGGCGUGGCUUUGAAAUUGCUCAGGGAAGAUUAGGCCCUGGAAGGAUCCAUCAUUGUAUGAGGUUGAUUGGAUUAGCUGAACGAUCGUUAGAACUAAUGAAUAAAAGAGUGCAAAGUAGAGUGGCAUUUGGUAAGACACUGAGCCAGUUUGAUACUAUCAUCAGUGACAUAGCUCAGUCUAGACUAGAGAUAGAGCAGGCCAGACUGUUAACAUUAAAAGCAGCUCACAAGAUGGAUACUGUUGGUAACAAGGUAGCACGUAGUGAGAUAGCAAUGAUUAAAGUUGUUGCUCCUAACAUAGCACAAAGAGUAAUUGACAGGGCGAUACAGGCACAUGGUGCUCUUGGUCUUUCCGAAGACGUUCCUUUGGCACAAUUUUUUGCCUGGUCAAGGAUCCUGAGGUUUGCCGAUGGUCCAGAUGAAGUACACAAAACUUCCAUUGGGAAGUCGGAAUUAAAAAGAAAUUAGACAUUUUAUUGGCAUUUUAAAAGAAAUAAUUAUUAUUACACAAAAAUAUCUGUGACGAACAAGACUUGUGCGGAUAUAAAUCUACAUAAUUAUUCAUGAUAAAUGCAAUAAAAAAAAAGAAAAGAACAUACCAGUCUUGAUAAAAAUUUUAACAACACAAGACAAAUGAGUUAAAAUUGACAGUAAUGACAUCUAAAUCUGCUACUUGCAGUUCAAUUUGUGG